UCGGGUCACGGAGAGGUCAUCAGCUGGAAACCCGGAAGUGUUGGAACAGGGGCUCCGAUCACAUGCCAUUAGAUCGUCCACCAUGAGUACAGAAGCUCUCCCCCCUCUGGAGUCAGGAAAGUUUAUAGCAGAAAACAGUCAGGAUGUGAAGGUGUUACAGGAAGGAGUAAAGAAGGCGGCCAAUGUGAUUUUUGAGAGCCUGAGGAAAGGAGAGUUCUCUGUUGAACUGUGGAAGGGAGCAGGAGCUACAGACGGGCAUGAACUCAACCCAAAAGUUAUGGAUGAGAAGGCAGUGGACUGGAUUUUUCUGGUGGACACCCUGAACUUUUCCUUCUGGAGUGAAGAUGAAGGCAAGAAGUACAAAGUCACCUACAAAGGACAAACCUACACAGGGUACUGGUCACUAUGUGCUGCUGUCAACAGGGCCAUGGAGGAGGGAGUGCCAAUAACCAACCCAGGGUACUAUGCAGGUAUGACCCUACAGGAGCUGGCCUAUCUCCUCAGGUCCGACUCAGAUGUAGACAUGCCCAUGUUACAGGACAGGGUCAAUAAUCUCCAAGAGGCAGGCAAGGUGCUUAAGGAGAAAUUUGAUGGGAGUUUCGUCAACUGUAUCAAGAAGUGUGGAGGCAGCGCACAGAAACUCUUGUCUCUGGUGGUCUCCAACUUCUCUUCAUACCGAGAUGAGGCAGUGUACAAGGACAAAACAGUUGCCAUCUACAAGCGAGCACAGAUCCUCAUUGCUGACAUCUGGUCGUGUUUUGAAGGCCAAGGUUACGGCUCAUUUGAUGACAUCAGCUCCAUCACAAUGUUUGCUGACUACAGGGUACCUCAGGCUCUGCUGUACUUCGAUGCCCUUGAAUACAGCCAAGCUUUGCUGGACAAGCUCAACAACAACCACAUGUUCACAUCAGGUGAGAGAGAGGAGGUGGAGAUCAGGGGGUGUUCCAUCUGGGCUGUCAAGCUGAUUGAGGACGAGAUUUCACGCAUGGUGGCAGCUGACCCGGCGGCUAAGAACGUGAUGGUAAACGCCAUCUUGGUGGACAACUACCUGUGGGACCUGAGACGUGCCCAAAGGUCAGACAUGGACAAACUGCCCUUCCACAGGAUAAGGACCAUCUACUACUGAUAGACUGGAAGAUCUACCACUGGUUCACUGCUUGUGGGAGGGGACAGUCCUAUGUUCCAAUGCCCCUAUGUUUUGACGCCCCAAUGUUUUGAUGCCCCUAUGUUCUGACGCCCCUAUGUUCUGAUGCCCCAAUGUUUUGAUGCCUCUAUGUUCUGACGCCCCAAUGUUUUGAUGCCCCUAUGUUUUGAUGCCCCUAUGUUCUGACGCCCCAAUGUUUUGAUGCCUCUAUGUUCUGACGCCCCUAUGUUCUGACGCCCCAAUGUUUUGACGCCCCUAUGUUCUGACGCCCCUAUGUUCUGAUGCCCCAAUGUUUUGAUGCCCCUAUGUUUUGAUGCCUCUAUGUUCUGACGCCCCAAUGUUUUGAUGCCCCUAUAUUCCGAUGCCUUAAUGUUCUGUCGCCCCUAUGCUAAGACACCCCUAUGUUUAGACGCCCCAAUAUUCCUAUGUUCUGAUGCCCCUAUGUUUCGAUGCCCCUAUGUUCCACAUAGGGUUAGGGUUGUCGGACCAUAGGUUGUCAGAGCUGUUAGAGGAUGAAGCAGUAGAGCUAAGGGGCAUCAGAACAUUGGGAUUGGGACAUACAUGUAGGGGUGUCAGAACAUGGGGGCGUUGGAACAUGGACAUUGAUGAUCAUUAAAGCAUUGGAAAAUAGGGGCAUUUGAAAGGAGUAUCGGAACAUAGAGGUGUUGGAACAUAGGGGCGUUGGAACAUACCGGUAGGAGUGUUGGAACAUAAGGGCUUUAGAUCAUUGGGGCAUUGUUACGUAGGUGUGUCAGUGUAUUGGAACGUAGAGGUUUUAGUUAUCUCCAGGCAGAUUCGGUUUGUGGGACGAAUGUUGGAUACAAGUGACCAACAUAAACUCCCCUUGCCCCACCGAAUCUGCUUGGAGAUCGGAGUUUUAGAACAUAGAGGUGUCAGAGCUGGAGUAAGAUGUUACCUUACAUGAAACAUCACAGAUACCAAGCUGAUUGGCCAGACCUAAACGCGUCAGAGUAGCUAUAAAAUGUGAUUACUAGCGUAGUAACAUGACAGUUAUGCAUGGUUAACAGCACUUCUGUCAAAAUUAUACAUGCAUUCGUGUCAAACACUAAUCAUGCCAUAGCCAUGUACGUGAAAUUAUUCUAUCUAAAGUUUCAAACUGUAGAUAGAGGGGACCAAAAAAAUCUUUAUGAUACAACAU